GGUAAAACUCCGGUGCUUACCUAAGUACCCCAGGGUAAUCGAAACUUGGACCGCGCAGCCUUACCCAAAUGUUUUCCAGUUCCAAACACAAGCUUCCCGACCUACAAACUCUCGGUUUCCUCACGAGCGUCAAUUGACGACAGCCCGAACAAUGCAGGCGUUCCGGCCUGCGCUGUGGCGUCAAGCUCGUCAAUCUCGCCGAGCUACGAGGUUUGCGCCGCAAUUUCGACGGCCGCAACACAACCAGUAUGGCCCUCACAAAGAAUACUUCCAAACUCCGGGCCAGAUGCCUGCACCGGACACCACACCCUACACAGCACCGUACAUUCCACCAGUAGUCAAGACGCCUACACCUACCGGUCCGUCACUCUUUUCGCGCUUCUACCGAUCGAUAUUCUGGGCCACUCUUUUUUCGACGUUGGGCCUGAUCGCAGGCACGGCUCUGAUCAGCUGGGAGUACAUUCAGCCGCCUUUCGAGCCUGGAUCGGAAGAAGAGCAAGAUCUGUUUGAGGAGAUAUUGGACACACUGGAAGAUCACCCUCUUGUGCUGUCGCUACGGCAUGACAACUGGAUCGAGGACAAUUUCUACGCUGGGCGGGUCAACGGCGCACUGGGAGGGCAGCAUCUCGUUGGGGAGAAGCUCACAGGGCCCCGAGGGAUCACAAUGAAGGCCUUCAGACACCCUUCGCAGCCGAUCACCAUGAUGGUGUUCUUUCUGGGUUUCGGCAUUGAAGGAUGGCCUGAUGUGAUCCACGGCGGAGUGAUUACGACCCUUCUGAAGGAGAGUGUCUACCAGCACCUGGAAAACCACCACCGGGAUCUGGGGACAAUUACCGCGGAGAUUGUCGAUGUGACUUUUAAAAAGCCAAUGCGCCCAGGGGACAUCUAUUCCAUCCUCGUUCCCCACGCGGACGUGAGCGAUAUUCCGAACGAUGAAGACCCAGAGGCAAAAAUGGUUCACGUAACGCCUAUAAUUCUGCACAUCGAUCAGCCCGUGAGGAUCGAGUUGACAGACGUACCUUCUGGACUUCCGCAGCCUCCAACGCCAGGGGAGGUGCUCCACACCACUGGGGGGCAGCCUAUCUUUGGCGAGACCCAGCAGGCGGCUAUGCCAAACCUGCAUGCAGGUGCCGAGGUCUUCGUUAUGAUGCGUCCUAAUGUGGCCGACGCCGCCCGUGGCCAGGAUGAUGUUGACUGAGGUCACAAAGGCGAAAUGGGUGCAUGCAACGUUCUGGGAGGCGAAUACCUAUCAGACCAAGGUCAAGGAGUCUAUUGACUAUCAAGUCGAAAGAUGUGUACGGUCGCGAAGCAUGAUUGCUGCUUUGGUAAGCACUCCCCUCAGAAGUCUGUGG